UUUUUUGUUUUUGGUCAACAUCUUCCGGUAGUAGCUUAAAAGUCUAUUCUUAUCCAGAAAGCACCAAAUCAUAAAACCCUUCUUCCCAACUGCAAUACCCCAUUUCUCAAAACCAAGAAGCCAUUCAUUCAAUCUUUGUCCUCCAAAAAAAAAAAUCUUUGUCCUCCCCCAUCUUCUUCUUCUACUUGGCGGACUUUCACCGUUAUUCCCUCGUCUGAAACUUUUGCAAAACGUACCAAUUCUGGAGUUCAUCACCAGAAGUGUGAAGCGAUUGCUGAUGGUAGGAAGCGGAAAUAGGAGCUUUAAACUGAAAGAACUUGGGAUCGCCACACAGCAUCCGCAUCAUGGAACUGAUAAUACUGAGAGCGAUCAUGAGGAGAGAUCAAAAGCAGGGAUAAUAAAGAGAUAUAUGGCGCCGCCAAGAGGGUGGUUGGCGAUUAAAAUAGGUAGAGAGGUGCAAGAGAGAAUAGUGGUGCCGGUGAGUUACUUGAAUCACCCUCUGUUUGCAGAGCUGCUGAAGCAGGCAGAGGAAGAGUAUGGGUUUAAGCAAGAAGGAGCCAUAGCCAUCCCUUGCCAGUUGAAGCAUUUCAAGUAUGUUGAAGCCAUCAUUCACAGGGAACACCACCAUCAUCGUCUUGUUGGAUGCUUCAGGCUUUGAUCACAUCAUCCCUCUAAGCAAAACUUCAUCUGUCAUAUCCAUCCUAGCUAUCUGAUAUUGUAAUUUGCUUUUGCUUUUACUGUCUCGCUCUUGUAUAUAUUACUCUAUCUUUCUACUGUUAGAUUUCGUGUAGUUCGGUUUGGUUUUUUAUCACUAAAAUUGCUAAGCAAGUUCGAGAUUUU